CGUCCAAUUUCUAACCACACAUUAUGUCUUCAUCAGUUUCAACUGAUUAUUAUGUUUGUUUUGUCCAAAUUCUUCAAUUAAUUUUGGAGGUUUUUGUGUUUCAUUUAUUUUGUUCGACUUUUAUAUACGACGAUAUGUAUACGAACAACGAUGGGAAUGACCAAAAAACUCCUGAGGGAAGCUCUAAUAAAUUUUCGUGUACUGGUCAUUCAAAUCAGACCAAUAUCAAUUUAGAUAAUUUAUCAAGUAUUCAUACAAAUCAAAAUAGCCAGACCCCUCAUCGAGGUAACCAAGGACAUGAAUUGAGAGAAUUUAACUGCAACUAUCGACAAUGCGAAAACCAAAUUUAUGCAACAAACCGUUGUGGCUCACUAUGUCAAGACGGCUCUUGUAGAGAUCCUAAUUGUAGGUCAUACUGGAAUAUUACUCUAACGCCAUGCUCUUCUAAUAGAGAACCAGUAAGAAGAUUAUCAAAGGAAAAUAAGGUAUCACCUUCCGAUGCCAGACGAAAGAGCCUGGACUUUCAAAGAACUAGUCCAUCUACCAACCUCCCUAGGACCUCUGAUAAAGAAAAACUCAAUUCACCGCCUGGUUCUGCGCCAUAUAUUACGCGAACUAGUGAUCAGGAAAUAUGGGAUCCAGCAACUGGUGUUCAAACAGGUGGUAUAUCUAUAUUUUCUCCCAGGACUUCUCAAAAUGAAACGAAAAAUUCAGCUGUGAAUUUUAUACGCCCUAGUGAUCAGAAAAUGAAGAAUUUAACUGGUUCAUAUCCGAAUGUUUCACGAACUGAUCUGGAAGAAACGAAUUUGGCACCAUAUUCACCUCCAUAUACUUCGCGAACUAGUGAUCAGGAAAGAAGGUAUUCAGCAACUGGUUUUCAAAUAGAUAAUAUAUCUACUUAUUCCCCCAGGACGUCUCAAAAUGAAACGAAAAAUACAGCUGUUAAUUUUACUCGUACUAGUGAUCAGAAAAAAAUGAUUUUAGCUGGAUCAUCUCCGAAUGUUUCACGAACUAAUUAUCAGGAAGAAACAAAUCCACAGUCUAGUUUAGCUAAAAUUAUAUCGCGAAUUACUGAUCAGGAAAGAGGGGAUUCAGCAAGUGGUGUUCAACAAGCUAGUUCAUUUGACUAUUCCCCCAGGACGUCUCGAAAUGAAAAAAACAUUUCAGCUGUUAAUUUUACACGCAAUAGUGAUCAGAAAAUGAGGAAUUUAACUGGUUCAUCUCCGAAUGUUUCACGAUCUAGUGAUCUGGAAGAAACGAAUUCGGAUCCAUAUAUUUUGCGAACUAGUGAUCCGGAAAUGAGGCAUUCAGCAACUGGUGUUCAAAUACCUAGUUCAUCUACCUAUUCCUCCUGGACGUCCCCAAACGAUAAGAAAAAUUCAGCUGUGAAUUUCAGACGUACUAGUGAUCAGAAAAAAAUUAGUUCAGCUGAAUCAUCUCCGAAUGUUUCACUAACUACCUAUCAGGGAGAAACGAAUUCACCGUCUAGUUCAGCUCCAUAUAUAUCACGAACUAGUGAUCAGGACAGAAGGAAUUCAGCAACUGAUUUUCGGAAAGGUAGUAUAUCCAAUUUACCAAUGACGUCUCGAAAUGAAAAGAUAAUUUCAGCUGUUAAUUUCGCACGAACUAGUGAUCAAAAAAUGACGAAUUUAACUGGUUCAUAUCCGAAUAUUUCACGAACUAGUGAUCUGGGAGACAAAAAUUUGGCACCUGAUUCAGCUCCAUAUAUAUCGCGAACUAGCGAUCAGGGAAGAAGGAAUUCUGCAACUGGUGUUCAAACAGGUAGUACAUCUAUCUUUUCCCCCAGGAUCUCUCAAAAUGAAAAGAACAUUUCAGCUGUGAAAUUUACAAUUCCUAGUGAUGGGAGUGCAUUUACCAAACUAACUUCAGGAAAUGAGAAGAAAAUUCCAGGUGUAAAUAUUUUACGUACUAGUGAUCAGAGUAUUUCACGAACUAGUGAUCUGGAAGAAACGAAUUUGACAACUGGUGUUCGAAGAGACCAGCCAGGCAAGGUACUUUCUCUGAAAGAAUCAUUGAUGGAGGUACAACAACGACGACAAGAGGACAACCAAACGAGUUGUACCCUAAAAAAAAUUGAGGGUAAAAAGAGAACUUCGCCAAUUAAUCUUUUGAGGAGUAUAAAUUCGGUAAACCCAAAUCCAUCAGCGAUUUCGAUGGUGUCAGUGAAAUCUACAGACAAAUUGGCCACUAUAAAAGAAGAAAAUCAUCCAGUGAAUUCUACUGAUAUAGUUCCAGAAAUUAAAUGUGGUGUGAAAUGUCCGCCUGUUAGAACAAUAAUCAAAUUCUAUGACAGCAUUACCGACCCUGGCGUUCAAGUACAAGAAAUAGACAUUGGACAACCAUGUUUAGGUUGUGAAACUUGCAAGGGAUAUGAGGCGCAUAGUUGGAGCAAGGACAAGUUCGAGAUCCCAGCCUCGAAGGAGAUCAUUGAGGAGAAAACCAUCAGAUCUACGCCGAAAGUAACGUUCGCCAAUCAGAAAAACGAAGAAAAAUCCGAAACAAAAUCGAAAAUUCCUUUCAUACGACAAAAAAGUGCUGAUAAAUUCAUUAUUGUGUCGAAGAAUAUCUUCUGCAGACAGAAAAGUAAGGAUAAACUGAACAUUUCUCCGAAAUUGGCACCGACGAAAGAAAAAAGUAAGAGUAUAUUCGAUUUUGCUUUCUCUAGGCAAAAAAACACUAGCAAAGAUAAGAGUAAUACGAUUCCGGCAGAGUCGAAAAAUAAAAAUGAAAAGAAAAAUAAGAAUCCUCCAGUGAGUGAAAUGAAAAAAUCGAAAAGUGAGUGUGAAAUUGUACCACGAAAAAGUCAUAUAUAUAACGGUAUCGAUAUGGACGAAUUUUGGAAGGGGAUCACUAUCGAAUGCAUCAAAAUUCUAUCGCUUUACUGUAAAAUUUUCGAACAGGAUAAGAAGGAUCUGGCCAGAUAUCCGUUUCUUAUAAAAAAUUGUAGAAACUGCAAAUGCCCUAGAGAUAAUCAUGCCAUAUCGGAAUUCGCUGCCAGGUCUAGAAUAGGUUUUAGUGCUAGUAAUGAAUCUCUCGAACCGAGAACCACAGGAUACACUUUUGUGCCUUCAGGACUUACUAAAGCAAAUCAGGUGGCCCAAUAUUACUCAUUAUUUCCUAGUCACGAAGUGCCUAAAAUGGGAUCGGAAGGAGAAGUUUAUAGAUCACAACGUUUAGUCAAACAGCUACCUAAGCAGGAUUUAUCACUCAAUGUCUGCAAAUUCGUGGAAACAAAUCAAAAAGGGAGUUUUCAGGAUUUCAUACAGGCUCGGAACGAAAUUGCUUUGGAUAUAGGAUACGUAAAAACUGCCUCCAGUGCUGCAACCUGUGAAUAUUGCGAAAAAACGAUACCAAACGGACAAUACAGCAUAGCAGCGAUGAAGAUGGGAGACCUGCUCUGGCAUCCUACAUGUUUUAGAUGUAACAAAUGUGACGACCUCCUAGUCGACCUGGCCUACUGCGUUUACAAGGAUAAAAUAUACUGCGAAAGACAUUAUGCCGAAUGUUUGAAACCUAGAUGCGAGGGCUGUGAUGAGUUGAUUUUCAGUGGCGAGUACACUAAAGCCAUGAACAAGGACUGGCAUGGUCAACAUUUCUGCUGCUGGCAGUGUGACGAGAGCCUUACAGGCCAAAGAUACGUUUUGAGGGACGAUCAUCCAUACUGCGUAUCCUGUUACGAAAGCGUCUUUGCCAACGCCUGUGAAAAGUGUAGCAGAACUAUUGGAAUCGAUUCCAAGGACUUGAGCUACAAAGAUAAACAUUGGCACGAAGCAUGCUUCCUCUGCACAACAUGUGGAGAGUCCCUUGUAGAUAAGCAGUUCGGUUCAAAGGGUGAAAGGAUCUACUGCGGUCGUUGCUAUGACAAUCAAUUUGCUUCUAGAUGCGAUGGUUGCAACGAAAUAUUUAGGGCCGGAACCAAGAAAAUGGAAUACAAAACCCGGCAAUGGCAUGAGAAAUGUUUCUGCUGCUGCGUAUGCAAGGUUCCUAUUGGAACUCAGAGCUUCAUACCAAGAGAGCAGGAAAUCUAUUGCGCGAAAUGUUACGAAGAGAAAUUCGCCACAAGGUGCAUCAAAUGCAAUAAGGUCAUAACUAGUGGUGGUGUGACCUACAAGAAUGAACCAUGGCAUAGGGAAUGCUUCACUUGUACCCAUUGUUCCAAGAGUCUCGCAGGAGAACGUUUCACAAGUCGUGAAGAAAAGCCCUAUUGCGCUGAAUGCUUUGGAGAACUCUUCGCCAAAAGAUGUUUUGCUUGCAACAAACCUAUCACUGGUAUUGGGGGUACCAAAUUCAUCUCCUUCGAAGAUAGACAUUGGCACAACGACUGUUUCUUCUGUGCCAUGUGCCGUUCAAGCUUAGUUGGCCGUGGAUUCAUCACUGACCAGGAUGAUAUCAUCUGCCCUGAGUGCGCUAAGCAGAAAUUACUUUAAGUAAAAAAUUCGAAUCAACAGUCUUCAUGAAAAGGCAAAUAUUGAGUCUCUCCUCGCACAUUUACAUUCAGACAAUAAUCUAUCUUGCUAUAUCAUGAUACUCCAAAGAGAAGAAUAUUCAAUUUGAAAUUAUUAUACCGCAUAUGUCAUAGACAUUGUGAUUUUAACACAUAUACGUUGUUUAAGGAUGAAGACACAACAUACACUUGACACUAACACCUCACACAACACACAUAUGAAAAAGAAACAAAACGUUAAAAAAAAGGCAUCAAAAUUUUCACUACAUUUAUAUAUAUCAGCUUUUAGCAUAUUGAAAAUUUUGAUGUAAUAUUUAUUAUUUGUGUAAAAUAAAAGUUUUAGUUUUUAAAAUACCUACUUUAUUCUUAUCUAAUAUUAUUCAAGAAUGCCUUCGAAUUAGAUAGAUAUGCGCCUUUUAUAAUUAUAGGAUGUAUUUGAGAGAAUAUAGUUUAGCUAAAAAUGUAAUAUGAUGUCGAUUGAGUUAAAGGUUUUGUCUCUGUAAUAACACCCAGUAUUUUUACUGAAAAAAUACUUAUAUAUUUAUAAAUCGACGAAUAAUGAAUUCCAAUUGAAUUUUAAACGAGAAGGUUGAGAUUAAGUAUCAAACAAAAUAGAUAUAGAUGAAACAUUCUAAAAUUGUUGCCUUAUAUUUAUAAAGUGAUUUCAUAUUAUAUUUUCGUUUUUAACCUAUUGAGCCUGCAGAUUUUGAAUAUUAUAAUAGAGUUUUAGAUGAGCUUGGAAGCAUUUAUGAGCCAAUUUGGUGCUAUAAAAGUAGUGUUAGAAUUUUUUUGAAUAUUUAAACACGUUAUAUGAAUAUACUAUUAUCGAGAAAAGCUUGUGACACUAUUAUUAAUGUUAUUUCCUUCGUUUGAAUAUAAUUUAACAAUGACAAUUAUCAUGUUGAUAUGUGAAAAGAAUCAUUUUUUUAGCAAUAUAUUAUAAUGUAUUUAAAAACUUUUGGAAUGUUAUCCCGAUUGUUAUGAUAGCUUCUUAAAAAUUGACAGGGCUUUGCUUAGGGAAUAUAUUAUACAAUAUUAUUUAAUACAAAUGUCUGAUAAUAAAAAUUUUGUUAAUCA